GUUUCUCCCACCUUCGUCAUCCACCAUCAUGGGACAUGGAGGCAAAAUCCUCAUCAAAAGGUUGCAAUCCGAUGGAUCCGCAACGUGCCCGGCCUUGAUGGAUAACUACACCACACCAUCUGGGUGCCUUCCCGGUCUGUCACUGGCCACUUCGCACCCUGCCGAUAACAACUGUCGCUCCCAUACGUUUUCUCCGCCUCAAGGAGAGUGGUCGGUUAUCUUGCACCUGCUGAGCCAUAUCACUGGCUACAGGCAAGCCUCGCGAUAAUGCCAAAAUGCCAGCUAUGACCUAUCGUGAUGGCCAGCAUUGAGUCGCUCCACAAUUUUUUCCAAGCCAUGGAUCAACCUUCUUCGAUCAUAUUUGAUUCAGGUUCUUCCCUGUGGCUAUUCUCGAUUUCCGAUCUUGUUUGACGUCGUCUUCAUUUUGUACUUCUAAUUGUACGGAGACUUUGGUCCGUUUGUCAAUUCUGACUCCUUCCUUCAAAGCCUCGUGCAUUUUCUUUCCGAGUCGCAACCAUGACCGGCACAACCGAUCCGGCAGCUAUUCAGCCAGAAAUAACGUCCGAAAAGAAGCAGGAAACUCUCCCUCCAACGACCGACAUCGAAGGCGCACGCAAGGGCAGCCAAGAUCCCCUGGCCUUGCUCGAGAAAAUACGAGCCAACGACGACGCACAUCCCAUCCGCUGGCCUGUGUGGAAGAAAUGGCUGAUUACGUUUGUUUAUUGCCUUCUGCAACUGUUCGUCACCCUCACAUCAACAACCUAUGUCUCUGUUGAGUUCUUGAUCGAAGAGAAAUGGGGCACGGGCGCUCAAGUCACGACUCUGGGCCAGUCGAUGUUCAUCAUUGGGACAGCCGUUGGUCCUGCAUUUUUGGGUCCAUUGUCUGAUAUUGGUGGACGGAAAUGGGUUUAUGUCGGGUCGAUCCUCCUUUAUGCGAUUUUGAACAUCGGUACCGCUUUGGCAGACAACUUUCCCAUGCUGGUCAUUUUCUGCUUCUUGAUCGGCGUGGCCGGCUCGGUCGCUUUGAAUAACGUCGCAGGCACCAUUUCCGAUCUCUUUGGGGAUGCCGACAACGCCGCGCAACCCAUGGCCCUAUUCGUCUUGAGCGCCAAUUUCGGCCCUAGUCUGGGCUCGCCGAUUGGCGAAUGGAUCGCUGAGAAUCCUAGUCUAGGUUGGCGAUGGAUCUUUUACAUCAACAUCAUCAUCGGCGGCGCUUUCGCCUUCAUUCUCUGUUUCGUCCCCGAAACACUCCCCCGAGUCGUCAUCUCUCGAGCCGUAAAACGACGAGGCAGUGUCGACCAAAAUGCCGUCGACAUCGCGCUGGGCUCGAGCAAGUUGUCCGUCAUGCAGGAGUUCAAGUUCGUCACGACCAUGGCCUUACGGAUCAUGUUUACGGAGCCAAUCGUCAUCUCGUUGGGGCUAUACAACGGAUUCGCGUAUGGCCUGCUUUUCCUGUACCUCGACGGUGUCUUUGACGUUUUUGUGUUCAACAACGGCUUAAGCUAUAUCGGUGCCGACCUGACAUAUCUUAACUUCUGCGUUGGCGUCACCGUGACGUUCUGCUUCGUGCCCGUGCAAACAUACCUCUUCCGGCGCGACCGGUUGAAGCACGGCUACCACCGACCCGAAGCGCGCUUCCUCACAUCCCUCGUCACCGUCUGGCUCUUCCCUGUGUCGCUGUUGUGGUUCGCCUUCACCUGCGACGGGUCGGUGUCGUACUGGUCUUGCGUCGUCGCCGGCGCCGUCCUGGGCUUCUGCGAUCCGCUCCUGUGGCUCGCCAUGCUGAACUACAUCACGGACAGUUAUCCCAACGUCGCGGCGAGCGCGAUCGCCGCAUUCCUGAUCCCCAGCUUUCUGAUCGCGGCGGCCCUCGCGCACGCCGGCGUGGCUAUGUUCGCCAACAUGAACACGAAAUGGGCCUUUGCCACCCUGGGCUUUGUCAGUUUCGGAUUGGUCGCGCUGGUCUAUGUGCUCUUCUUCUUCGGGCCCAGGCUCCGGAGGUAUAGCAAGCUCGCACGAACAUUCGAGCAGGAGAAGGUCCGGUAAAAAGCCUGCAGGAUUGGAGGCGCUCUGGUUCCUCUCUCAAAGGAGCUCGUAGGGGGAAGAACGCAAAGGGACGGGCCAUGUGAUGUACAGUACAGUAAGGUGAAAAGGAAAAGGAGAUCGAGUGGCUGUGUCGCGACGUGCUUUGACUAUCGCUGUAAAAGCGAGCGGGCACUUUCAGGAUAUGGAAUCUUAACCUUGGGGGAAAAAAAGCCGGCGGAAGAUGGACGGAGCGAGAUACCUAGAGUGGUUGAACGAUGGUUACCUUAGAACAUACACCUGACCUACAUCGGACGAGCCAGACUACGUCGACUGGACAACUCGAGUCUGGUGCUCAGUGAGAAAGGGUUUCGGGCGUCUUCUGGUACUCUCAGGAUGAAGUACUGAGAAGACACGAUCAUGGUGGAUUAUUUUUGGCAGCAACCACUCACUAUUCC